UAGCUUGAUUUUGUUGUGCCCGUACCUAGGUGGUAAAGUGCCGAAUCUUUUGGUGCUUCUGGGUUACUAUUAUUUAACUAAACCUAGUUACGGCGUGAUUAGUGCCUUGGCUAAUUCCCCAGUAUGACAUUUCAUGAAUUGGUUGAUUCUCUGGCCAAGUAUCCCAGGAACUCUCGUCUACAGUCUGAUGGUUCUAUCGGGAAUCUGAAAAUCGAAACACAGGAUUCCAAAAUCUCGGUACAAGACCUAAAAUGCCGUUUUCCAUGCUGGAUAGAGAUUGUAUCCGAUUUAACAUUCCAGCUAUGGGAUAGCAUAGACCUAAAGCUUGGAGGUGUAAACAGUUGGGCGUCUGCUGCCACUUUCCAUCGAAAUUACAUAUAUAUGAUAACAUUUACGUGCUUAAUGUCGAGCACAACCAUCCAAAUGUACCCUAACGCGAUAUUAUGGUAUAAAUAAUUCCAGCCUUGCAGUGACCACCCACUAGAUCUAGAGCUAUUUCUAUGCUUUGUUAUUUGUAAACCCCCAGUUGGAGAACCAGCGUGCUGAAAAUUUAAAAAUAGAUACCAGUAUUCUGUUUAUGCAGCGGUAUCAGUUAUAAUUGGUGCUCAAUGAGAUAAUAGGCAAUACGACAACUCCCUCCCGG